CUGGACCUAAACACAGUAAACAGAUUCCUCUCUCUGUCUGAGGAGAACAGAACAGUGACACGUAGGACAGAGGAGCAGCCGUAUCCUGAUCGCCCAGAGAGAUUUGAGGACUGGAGACAGGUGCUGUGUAGAGAGGGUCUGACUGGGCGCUGUUACUGGGAGGUAGAGUGGAGUGGGAGUUGGGUUGUUAUAGGAGUGACAUAUAAAGGAAUCAGGAGGAGAGGAGGGGUUGAUAUAAGAGCGACAUAUAAAGGAAUCAACAGGAGAGGAAGGGGUGAUGACUGUUGUCUUGGAUACAAUGACAAGUCCUGGUGUCUGAUCUGCUCUGACACCAGUUACUAUGUCAGGCACAAUCACAAUCUCACUAUCAUAGAUGUCCCCUCCUCCAGCUCCCACAGAGUAGGAGUGUAUCUGGACUGGCCAGCCGGCACUCUGUCCUUCUACAGAGUCUCCUCUGACACACUGACCCACCUGAACACAUUCCACUCCACAUUCACUGAGCCCCUCUAUCCAGGGUUUUGGGUUUAUGGUGUUGACUCCUCA